GCCUACCGAGUGCUUAAAUCCGAGCCCGUCUCCAACCGUUUUCUGCUCUAUCCUGAAAUACAUCACGUGUUUUAUUAGGGAAAUCCAGGAAUAUUUGGCUGGCCACUUGGGAGGAUGAACUGGAAUUCCGCUGUUUGGCUCUCUUGGGGUUGAUUUGUCUUCACAUUGUGAUCAUGUCUCCAGUCUACUCGUCCCCCAAAUACGCGACUGGCUCCACCCUCUUGAGCCCCUACAGUUCCUAUGACCCAUGUGAUCCCACCCUGGCAUAUAUAGUGCGAGCUCAACCCCAGCUUUCCAGAUAUGCUCCUUCCACCUCCCGCUACCUGAGCCCCAGCCCUUGCCUGGCCCGAGGGGUCCUAUUCUUCCCUCAGGAGCCCGAACGUGGGCGAGCGGCUCUGCAUUCAGAGCCCCACGUCGGCCGCUAUAGUGAAAGCUACAGCAGGUUGCAGGUUAAAGGUCAGCUACCCCGAAUUAACAGGCCUAGGGGUCGUUCGCCAUCGAGGAAUGGAUAUUCCUGCAUGUCUCCACUAUCAAGGCAGCGCAGGUCGGUCAGUCAGUCUGACCUGAUGCGAGAACUGGCUACGCUGGAAAUCUGUGACCAGGGAGCAGUGGAAAGAACGGUGUACGCGGUUAAAGAGAGCGCCAUCAGGGGACGGACAGAUUACUCAGGGCCUCUCUACUGGAGCUCAGAGAACUCAAAGAAUGCUCAGGGUCUGGUGGGUCUCAGGAAUCUCGGAAAUACUUGUUUCAUGAACUCCAUCCUGCAGUGUCUGAGCAACACUCAUGACCUGAGGGACUACUGUCUGCGUAACACACACCGCACCGACCUCAACAACAACUGCAGGGCCAAAGCUGCGCUGAUGGACGAGUUUGCUAAGCUCACUCAGACCAUUUGGACGUCAGCUAGCAAUGAGGCCAUCAGCCCUUCUGACUUCAAAAUGCAGAUUCAGAAAUACGCCCCUCGAUUUGUUGGUUACAAUCAGCAGGACGCUCAGGAGUUCUUGCGCUUUCUGCUGGACGGGCUCCAUAAUGAAGUAAACCGAGUGACGGUGAAACCAAGAGCACCCGUGGAGGACUUUGAUCACCUCUCGGAGGACGAGAAAGGCAAGAGAAUGUGGAACAAGUACCUGGAGAGCGAGGACAGCAAAGUAGUCGAUUUGUUUGUUGGUCAACUCAAAAGCUCAUUGACGUGCAGCGAGUGUGGUUUCUGCUCAACUGUAUUCGAUCCGUUCUGGGAUCUGUCUCUGCCUAUAGCUAAGACUUCAGGAGAAGUCAGUUUGAACGAUUGUCUUCGACUUUUCACCAAGGAGGAUGUACUAGAUGGGAAUGAGAGACCAACAUGCCACAGAUGUAAAACCAGACGGAAAUGCACAAAAAAGUUCACCAUUCAGAAAUUUCCCAAAAUCCUGGUGCUUCAUCUAAAGCGUUUCUCAGAGUGUCGGGUCAGAACCAGCAAACUCUCCACAUUUGUAAACUUCCCUCUCAAAGAGCUGGACCUCAGGGAAUUCGCCUCUGAUAACAGCGUAAAUGCCGUGUAUAAUCUGUAUGCCGUGUCCAAUCACACCGGUACAUCAUUGGGUGGUCAUUAUACAGCGUACUGCCGCAGUCCCUGUACAGGAGAAUGGUACACAUACAACGACUCCAGGGUGAGCCCCAUGUCAUCCAGCCAGGUGUGCAGCAGCGACGCUUACGUGCUCUUCUACGAGUGUACGACAUCCUCGCGCAUGUGAUUCAACCUGAAACAGAAACAAACUCUUCUGCUGCUGUCGAACUCGAUCUCAGACAGGGUCUACAUGCUUGGAGGACCAUGGGACUUUACUAACCAAGGCCAGACAUGCAUACUGGAACUGAAUGACAGUCACGGCCUAUGAAGCCUGGGACUAGAGUUUUACGUCCAACCCAAAUUGAGCUUCACCGUAAGGGCUCCUCCAUCCAUCACUCCCCCUCAAAGAGGCUGCUUCUGCGGGGAUGGAUUUAACAAAUGGAAACGGAUAAAGAUGGACAGAGGAACAUGAACUACUACCUCUCUGGAAUGAGCAGGACAUUGUGUGUGUGUGUAUGUAUGUGUGUGUGUGUACACAGGUUUAUGUGGUUUAUGAGGACACAACAUUGUAUAAUGACAUGAGUAUGACCUAGUACACUGAAAAAAGGAAUUAGUCGAGUUUACUUGAAUAAAAAGAGUAAACUAUUUGCCUUAUAAUUUAAUAAGUUAACAAAAUAUAUGCAUAAAUAAAAAAAUUAAGCUAAGUCAUUGGGUUGGUAAUCAAUAAAGUUGGUUUACGGGGACAUGACUUGUGUCCUCAUAAUUCAGAACACUUAAAAUUCAUACUUAACAGUGUCUAUUGACAAUUACAUUUGGGUUAGGGGUAGGAUAAGGCCAUAUAAGUCGCUUUUACUGUAUAAAUUACAUUACACCUAUGGAGAGUCCUCAUAAAUCAUAUUCACAAGUAUGUGUGUGUGUCUGUCAGUCUUCAGGCUGAUACUGGACGACUCUAUGCACUGUGUUACCGACUCAAAACCAUCCCUAUCCCUUAUUUAAUUUAUUAACAUGAUGAGUUCAACGUUUUACUUCAUUUUAAGCUAAUUACGACUAAUUUAAAUGAGGUCAUCUUGCUGAAGGACCAUAUAGGUCAACGGUGUAAAUGACGCUUGGAUUGUUUACUUUUUCGAACAGAUGCGUGCGUCCGCUUUGCUCGAUUUGCUGAUUUUCAAUGGAAUAUGCACAUCGGAAGGGCUUGGUUUUACACUAAUGCAUGACUGUGCUCCUUCCUGAAACCCUCACCAUUACAGAAAAGAUUGUAUGACUGCCCCCUGGUGGCCAGGAGAGGUGAAAUCCAGAAAAAAAAGUCUUUUUAUAGACUUUCAAUUAUGGAAAAGAAUGACUGCGAAUCAAUAAUCGUAAUCAAUCCCACCCCCAAAAAAUCUUGUUUUGGAAAGUCACAAAAAACUUUAUAGGGUGGCCACAAGUCCAUUUUUGUUCUGGACAGUCCUGUAUUUCAGCCUUAUUUUUAAGUCCAGACUUAUUAAUACAAGGAAAUACAUAUUAUGUCCUCGAAAUUGGCCGUAGUGUAUGUGUGUGUGUGAAUGUGAGAGUGUAUGGGUGUUUCCCAGUACUGGGUUGCAGCUAGGAGGGCAUCCGCUGUGCAAAACAAAUGCUGCAAUAGUUGGCGGUUCAUUCCACUGUGGCGACCCCUAAUAAAUCAGGGACCAAGUCGAAGGAAAAUGAAUGAAUGUAUUGCCCUGUAACUACCUGUAAUUAAUCAAUGGUAGCCAAUCAAAUACUUUCUAGGACAAAAUAACCGUCCAAUCACAUUUACAUAUCAAUCAAUCACUGGUUUCAGUGAUAGAGAGCCCACAGAAGGGAUUUACUAUAGUUAUUGCAAGAUAAAAACAUGAACGAACAUUAAAAGGUAUGUUGAAAGAAACGGUGGACAUUGUAAAAAGCAAACUUAAAAAAAUAUUACACUUGUUGCCUUAAAAGUUAUAACAAAUUAAAGUAAAUAAUACCUUAUUAAAUGUGCAUACUUAUAAAAAUUAAGUUGAUUCAACUUAACAAUUACAAUGUGUUUACUCUUAGUUACUUAGUAAAAUAACUCAUUCCUAAUUUCCUGAAAUGUAUCAUAGCCUAAAAAAAUUGCUAAAUCAGUGUUUCAACCACAGAAAGGUGUCAUUGAAAGAUAUUGUUCUUGUUACAUUUACUUCAGGAAUGAAAUUUGGUAUCCAAAUUUAGUUUGUGGUGAAAAAUAAUAUAGAAAGGAGCUGAGUAUGAGCUCAAUAUUACACAUGACGUGUAUAGUUUAAUAAUAUCUUUCAAAUUUAAAAAGAAAAACAUAUUGGAUUCAGUCUUGCCAACUAAGUGACUUUGUCGCUACAUUUAGCGACUUUUCAGACCCCCCUAGCGACAAAUAAAAAACGACAAAUCUAGCGACUUCUUUUGGUGUUACUGGAGAUUUUUAUAGACGCUCAUAUGUUCGUACAGUAUCGUUCCUAUACUUCUUAACGAGUCGCGCGUGAUCCUGUCAGUAGCGAGGUAGUAGUGAGUGUGGGAUAUUUCCCUUGUAAAAUCACACAGAUUUUAGUGACACCAGUUUCUGAUCAUCAAAGUUUAUUAUUUCUGCAAAUUCGCUACACAUGUGUUGUAUUCAGACAAUGCAUUUAAUUAAAUUGACGUGCAUAUAUAAAGCGUAGUGUAAAUAUAAACAUCCCUUUAUUAACCAUAGGCUGUUAAACAAACUGAAACUGUUGGACGUUGUGACGUCAUUAAUAUGCAAAUUGAAUAUAAUAUAAUCUAUCGACAUUCAGCGACUUUUCAAGCAGACCUUAGCGCCUUUCCAUUGAAAAUAGUUGGCAACACUGAUUGGAUUUUGGCUAUUUGGAUUUUUGGGGGAUUUUUUUUCUGCACACCAGUGUAGAACUUCACCCAACUAUGAGAACAUUUAUUGGUAGAUGUGAAAAGUGUCUAUUGAACUCCAUCUCCAAUUAUUUAUAGGCAUUUCCAGACUCGUGUUUUCCUUAAGGGAUAAUACAAGAUAUAAAAGAGGCCUUAAUAUGUUAUUCCCCAGUCUGCCAGAGACUAAAAUACUCAGUUUAAUUUGGAGAUGAGUCAAACAAGAGGCCACCAGGAGGGUGUGUGCGUGCGUUUGUGUGUGUGUGUGUGUGUGUGCCUUUAUGUAUUAUUUCUCUAUUUAUGAAGUGAAUGUUGUGAAUGUUGCUUAUUGUUGUGCUUGAACUGGACGAUGUUGUUUUUUCUACAGAGAGAUUUUAAAUGAGUGGUGAUUUUUUUUUUUCUUUCUGUGUCUGAAAUGUGACUGUAGUGUACUGCAUAUCAAGAGCUCUUGGCUUUAUAAAAGAAGUAAAUAUGAAUAAAAGCAAAUGUCUACAUGA